AUGCAGGGGAUGGAUGGAUGGAUGGAUGGAUGGAUGGAUGGAUGGUUGAAUUGGAUUGGUGCCUGUUGGGUAGAAGAAAUAGAUGUAUGGGUAAAUGGUGUAGUGGAUCGGAGUGUAAGUGAAUGCCCUCACUUUACUACAAUGUAUGGCGAUGCUGAGAAGGGGGUUCCGGUGUGGGUCUUGUCAGUAAUUACUACUUAUAUUGUGUCUAAUGGAUUUUUAUGA